AUGAGUGAACAAGAAAAUUAAACAACUAAAAAUUAAAGUCAAGUCAUGCAAUCUACUGAAAUGCCUAACUCCAUGCAAUUGGAAAGUUCAAACUAGAUUUAUACCUACAAGGCCCCUUGGUUGAUCUACGCCAUGGGAUUUCAAUAGAAACCUACUCCUCAAUCUCGUAUUGCAAUAUGUAGUAUGAUUGAAGAUAUUUAGAAUGAAGUAUGUACUUUUUCAUCAUUUAUAGGUUUUCAUACUACAAUUGGAUAAAGAACAAGAAACAUUUGGCAAAAAGGCUAAAUUCAAUCAUAGAUAUGCUCCAACUAAAGUGUUGUGGAUACCUGAUAUCGAAGGCAAGUAUCCUGAUUUACUAGCAACUAGUGGAGAAAAUUUAAAGAUUUGGGAAUAUGAUGAUCAGAAUUCUCAAGUUAAGAUUAAGUGGGACUUAAAAAAUGUAUUUAAUACAAAUCUUAACCAAAUAUAGACAAGUGAUUUUAAUGCUCCAUUGACCUCCUUCGAUUGGAGUUGUAAAUAACAAAAUUAUAUUGGAACUGCUUCAAUAGAUACAACAUGCACACUUUGGGAUAUUGAAAAAUAAACUGUAGUUACUUAACUCAUUGCCCAUGAUAAGGAAGUCUAUGAUAUUUGUUUUAGUGUUGAUCAUUAGAUUUUUGCAUCUGUUGGGGCAGAUGGUAGUUGCAGACAAUUUGAUUUAAGGUUUAAUUUUAGUAAAUUCUUAGAGCCUUAGAUCAUUCAACAGUGCUAUUUGAGACAGAGAACAACAACCCAAUUGUAAGAUUAGCAUGGAAUAAAAUGGAUACCAAUUACUUAGCAAUCAUAGAAAUGGAUGUUAAUUAUGUUACAUUGCUGGAUACAAGGUAAAUACAUACUCAUUUUACAAUAGAUAACCACUUCUACCUUUGGCUAAAUUAAAAAAUCACAAAGACUAUGUUAAUGCUAUUGCAUGGGCACCAGAGUCAACUACUCAUUUAUGCAGUGUGGCCGAUGAUUAAUCAGCCCUGAUUUGGGACUUCUCAGAACUUCAGAACAAAUAAAAUGAUUAAAAUUCAAUUGGUAUUCCUCUGUUUUUAAAUAGAUCCUCUACUGGAGUACAAAGCAGAAAAUGAAAUUAGUAAUAUAUCAUGGUCUUUGACUAAAGUUGAUUAAGUGAGUAUUUGUUAUAACAAAUCAUGUUAAAUUUUAAAUGUUUGA